CGACGCUGAACACAGUACCCACCUACUACUACCGUUACCGUAGUUACCUACAUACCCGCUUGAACUGAUAUGUGCACGAGCGAGCACUGAGCAGGCAGGCAAGAAGGAAAGAAAGAAGGACAGAGGAAAGGAGUACUGAAUGGGGAAAGAAGCGAGAGAGGAAGGAGGAAGGAAAGGAAGGUAAGAAGGAGGGAAGGAAAGGAGAGAGCGGAAUUAGUCAGUGAUAGAGGGAGGAGAGGAGAGGCGGCGGGUUGUUCUGCCGUGGUGGACGUGGCGGGUCCGGUGGAGUUAGCUACAAGUGACGGGCAGCGGAGCCGAACCGAGGCAGACAGCCAGCCAUGAAGCGGACCACCCGCAGGUCGGGUCCAGUCAGGUUUGGGUGGUGACACUGUUUCCCUUACUGACCUCCACAGGCAGUUGUUGGACUUCCAGAGGAGGGCCUGAGGGACAUACUCUACCUCACAGCCCCUCCUCUCAUAGGAUAGAUACAUUUCUCAACAGUAGAGGAAAAACUUGGGAUUUAAGAAUAAGACUUUAAUCAUAGAAGUACAUCAAAGUAUUUCUGAGAAGAUUUAGGAGUGAAGUAUUGCCUCCAUUGUUCAUCAUGACAGACUUAGAAACUGAGUGUUUGAGCCUCAGCUUGGCCUCUGACUGUGGCUCUCCUCCCCCACCUUUGGACCCCUCUCUGCAAGUUGACUGUUGUUCAGGUCACGUCACAGCAGCACCAACACCCACACUGGCCCUCCUCUCCUCCGACUGCCCAACACCCACGCUGAGCUCGCUGGCAGCAGAGAUCGCUGAGCCAUUAGUGAUGCUACCAUGUGUGAAAAGCGAGCCCGAAGAUGGAGAUCUAGAGCCCAUCCGCACCGUUGAUCUGUCUGAGAUCCAGCCACUGUCCACUGCUGAGCUGGGUCAUGACCAGAUCAAGAUGGAGAUAAGCGGCCUUGAUUACAUCAAGUCUGAGCAUCAUGGUCACCAUGACGACCAUCACUUGGGGCCAUUCCACCAUGCAGAUGUGACAGAGCUGGACUACAAGUCACAUUAUGAACCUAGUUCUGUGUUUGACUACAUUUCCCAGGUGACAGACACGUUGGAGUACAUCAAGUCAGACCACCACGUGGACCUGCAGUGUUACUACACCACAGAGCUGGGCUGCCUGAAGUCUGAAUACCUUGAGUCUAACACAAUGUCAGUUCACAUGCAGCACAAUGGCCUGGAGUCCAUCCACAUGGCAGAGCUCCGCACAGAGCUCAACAAACUCCGACCCGACACCCUACUGAUAGAUGGCAUGGGAAAACUAGACCCUGAGUUUGGAAGUGGCAACCUGUAUGAACUGCAGGCAGCUGAAGAUGGGAAGACGUCUGCAACGCAGUCGGUGGCAGUAACUGGGCAGAGUGGGGGAAGUGGGACUCUGGCCAUCACAACCAAAACCCAGAAUCCUACAGUGAGGAAACCUCGUAACAUGCAGGGGGAGAAGCCGUUCUCUUGUACACAGUGUGGGAAGAACUUCAGCACACUGGGAAACCUGAAAACCCACCAACGCAUCCACACCGGGGAGCGACCUUACACCUGCUCGCAGUGUGGCAAGAGCUUUGGCCAGGCAGGGAACCUUAAACGACACCAGCUAAUUCACACCGGUCAGAAGCCAUACGUGUGCGCUCACUGCCCCAAAGGCUUCACCAAGGCUGACGAUCUGCGCUCACACCAGCGCCUGCACACUGGUGAGCGUCCAUUUAUAUGCGUCACCUGUGGGAAGAGCUUUGGCCAGUCUAAAGAGCUGAAGGCUCAUCAGCUGAGUCACACAGGUGAGAGGCCCUACUGCUGCCAGCACUGCGGCAAGAGCUUCACUAAGGAAACCAGCUAUCGCAACCACGUGCAGAUCCACACAGGUGAGAAACCUUUCACCUGUUCACAGUGUGGAAAGACUUUCAGCAACUCUGGCGUGUUAAAAACCCACGAGAAGAUCCACACAGGGGAGCGGCCGUUUGGCUGUACACAGUGUGGGAAGAGCUUCGGCCGCCUCGGGCACCUAAAGGCUCAUCAGCAGAUCCACACGGGGGAGAGGCCGUACGCCUGCCCCCAGUGUGGGAAGACUUUUAGCCAGUCUGGUCACCUCAAAGCACAUGAGCAAAUCCACAAACGAGAGCGAGUGGACACAGCCAGCACCAGCAGCAGCAGCAGCAGCACCAUGGGCAGUGACAGUAGCUAAAAGAACCUCCAUACCCUUUAACCUCUCGGAAAAACAAAGUAUUAUUCCUUUUUUUAUAAAUACUAUAUAAAUUUGUUUCCUUUAUGAAUUUUUUCUUACAUUUUCAUACCUUUUGUGCUCUUUUGCAUUAUAUAUGUGGGCAGGGAGGACUUUGACUGAUUUGCUCUUAUGCAAGUGUCUGUAUGUGAGUGUGCGUGUGUGCGCGUUUGUACAUGUACUGUGUGUCUGGGGGCGGUGUGAUACUGAGGGGCUUGUAGAUAUUUUUCAACUGGUCUGUUUUAACUGUUAUUGCGUGUAGAGUUUCCCUCUGAGGACCAAGUACCAGUACUUAUUUUUGGAGUAUUUAGUGAUACACAAGCACAACUAUUUCAGUGACCAAGUUUGAUUACUUAAAGUGUUUUUUACUGAAACAGGCCAGCAGCUCCUGAGUGUCCAGGGCCCCGUUUACUGUUAACAAUCAAGAAGCUACAAGUUUUUUUUUUCCUCAAAGUCCGUUAAAAUUGUUGCGCAAUUUUUUAAAGGCAUUACCUCAGCAUAUGUGUUCACAUGUUGGUAUGAUCUUUUCAACAUUGGAAAAUACACUUUAAUGUAGUGUAUUUAAAUGUUAUGUAAAAGAUGUUAUGUAUUAAAUAUACAUAAAGCACAAAAUAUAAAAGUUGUGUCUGAGAUAAAAAACGUUUCCUACCCCAAUUGAAGCCUAAUGUUCAAUCACCAUUCCGAUUUGAACUUGCUGCUUCUUUGAUUUUUGUUGGUUUGGGGUCUUUUAGAUGUUGCUUGUUUGUUUCGGCGUGUAAAGUGACUUAAGUGUUACGCAACUUUUUGUGUAGUCAUUGAAGCACAUGAAUUGUCCACAAAACUAAACAAAUUCAGCUGUUUAGACACGUCUGAGCCACUGUAAUCUCCGUCUUUCAGUUUCCUUCAGAGUUCAGAGCUGUUGAAAUUUAGAAUUUGGUUUCCUAGUUUGAUUUUUGCUCUUUGGCAAAAUGUCGGGCUAAUAGGUAUGCUUUCUAAAUUAUUGUCAAUCAUUUGCAGGGUUUUGUUGUUUGACCAAAUGCUUGCAUUCUGAAUUUGAAAAACACUGUAAAUUAACAAAAUCUUUUUGUUUGUUAAAGCCUAAACAUUCAAAGUAUUAAAUAGUUCCUCAAUGUGUCAGAGCCAAGUAGGUUAAGUUUACAUGUUGAGUAUUUACCACUGCUUCUCAUUUAUUACUGAUUGAACAUAAUCAGACAAAUUAUUGAUGACAGUGAAAUGAGCUGUACUGAAGUUGAAGUUUAUAACUGAUGUGAUAGAAGGUCAUGUUGACGUUAAACACUGUUGGCAUGAAAAUGGUGGUUACAUGAAAAAUGUCAGCGCACCCAAUUUGAGCUGUAAUAGAAGUGUGGCUGAUGAAAAUAUACAUUCAAGUCCCAGAAUGGUUUUAGUGUGAAGCACAAAUGAAACACCAGUUUUUGGUUUCUUAUUUUGAAUAAGAUUCACUUUUCAAAAUCAAAGAACUUUUGACUUCAUUAAAGGUGUUACCCCAGACCUCAUCCUCAUCAAUUGUAGAUUUAAUAUGCUUUUGGAUCCCCUUUUAAAUGUUUUUGGUGAACGGGGUCCUGGUAGAUUCCUCCAUUACUGUACUUUAUUUUGUCUCAGUUGUUUGCCAACAUUGUGUGAGUACCCUUUCGUGGUUGAGUCAGUAUAUUGAGUCAGUAUUGAGUCAGCUGCCAGUAUGCUAGUAUUCUACAUAGAGCUGUGGGUACUCCCAUGCACCCACUCUGUUACUGUUUUGUUAAAAACUUGAUUCUAUUGUUUUGCUUAUUUUUUUUAUUUUUUGCCCUGUAUUGAUUAAUCAAAAGAUCUUUUUGUUGUUUGAUAAUCAGCUGAUUCCACAUUUCAUUGUUUUGUAGCACAAUUAAAAAUAUUUCCAGUAUUAUUACUUCAAAAACUCUACUUUUCAGUAUCAUUGGGCUCCAACAGGACCAAACACAUCAGCACAAAGGAACCCACAAUCUCCCAUGUCCCCCUUCCUGUCCAGAUCGCUCACUGUGUACAAAUCUAAUAAUGUCAUUCUUCAAAAAACAUGACAUUAUUUUAAAAAACUGCAAAAAAGGUUAAGUUGAUGCAACAUCUUGUACUGGAAAUGAAUUAUUAAAAAAUCUAAUGGAAGUCUCUUUGCAUAUUUGGUGCUGUUUUUUUUAAACUGAGGCCCAAAUUUAGUGGGUUUUAAUGUUUGUCCACAGAAUGUAAAUUAUCAAAUGAGGGUAAUCCUAAAACCGUCCCAUGUGCUUGAAAGUCAUCAAUGUGGGAAUCUGUGAAAUGAUGGGAAUGCAGCAUGAGAACUAAAAGCAGUAUGUGCUAAAGGAUGAUGGGGUCUCUGAUAUUUAGAAAGCUAAAUAUUAAAUAAAUCGUCUAAUAAGGUUUUUGGGUCAGUUUUUGAUGGAUUUAUUGAGAAACAUGGGUGAUGCAGCUGAAGACCUUUUCCUAUAAACAUUCAGACACUUGUUGAGCUUAGGUGACUUUUAUUCCUUGAAGCACUAGGCAGAAGUUUGAACCCCAGACCAGACAAACAAGGAUGUUACUCUCCUUUCACUCAUGGUGUAAUUCAGCAGAAAAGGAAGAAGGAAUCUGUGAAGUGGAGCUGGAGGUGACUCGGCAUGCAGACAGGCGAUAGGCUGAGAGUCGGCUGCACCCAUCAUCAGAGAGAUGAGGUUCAGCUUGUCUCC